AUGCGGGCCGAGGAUCCUGCUGCUGCUCAGAACACCCUCAAAAGAACCCUUAGGACAGUACUAUAUUUCUUUUUCUUUCUUCUUUUUGUGCAGGCGCUGAGUAGCAGUCUGUAUAAGAGUGCAUCUCCCUAUGGCUCUCUUAAUAACAUCGUGGAUGGGCUAAGCUCUCUCACCGAGCACUUCUCUGACCUAUCCCUCUCCUCAGAAGCCAGAAAACCCAGCAAGAGGCCACCUCCUAACUACCUAUGUCACCUCUGCUUUAACAAGGGACAUUACAUCAAAGACUGUCCACAGGCUCGUCCAAAAGGAGAAGGUCUGACCCCGUACCAGGGCAAGAAACGGUGCUUUGGUGAAUACAAGUGCCCCAAGUGCAAGAGAAAAUGGAUGAGUGGAAACUCCUGGGCUAACAUGGGACAAGAAUGUAUCAAGUGUCACAUCAAUGUUUAUCCUCACAAACAGAGACCCCUGGAGAAGCCAGAUGGCCUGGAUGUUUCAGAUCAGAGUAAGGAGCAUCCUCAGCAUCUGUGUGAGAAGUGCAAAGUUUUGGGCUACUACUGCCGCCGUGUGCAAUAAACCUUCCAGGGUAGCCUCUUCCGUCCCCAUCCUCCCGCGAGACCCUCUGGCAGCACGCAGUCAACAGCAACACGGAACCCAUGAGAAGAAAUAAAAAACUAAAACAGAUUGCCAAUUUUGCCUAUCUUUAAACUAAUAAUAUGCCUUACCAUUAAUAGAAUGUAACACUUUUCCUGUGUAUGUGUAUACGUGCAAGAUAUAUUUAUAGGACUACGGUGUGUUUUAUAUAGCUAUCUAUAUAUCUAUCAAACAGUGUUUCUGAAAGUGUUCACAAUGGGGAACCGAUCUUGUGGUUUCUCUUGAUUGUUUACACAGUUCCUAUAUCAUGGCCAAGUGAAAUGAAGAAAAGUGCUGUUUGUUAGGGAAGGUAUCAUGUUCACUGGGAGUAAACAUUAUGAAUGGCUUUUUGCAGGAGUUAGCUACCCUGCAAGGCUAUUAAUUGGGAGUCCUCACUUACCCCAUGAACAUUAUUCCUGUUAUAGGACAAGACAAAGGAAGAUUCAACAAACCCCAGCAUUAACAAAGGGAAACAUUGUUUCCCUUGCUUUGGAAGAUUAGAAAGUUCGGCGCUGCUGCUUUCUUGGACUUCCAUGACGCAGUGUAAUUUGGGUUGGGCAUAGGUGGACUCAGCGAGGGUAAAACCAAGUGUAUAAUUGUUUGAGGGAGUGGUUUUUGUAUGGAAAAGGAGAAUAACAACUGGACAGAUUAUCAGUAAGGAUUGCAGCAUCUGAUGGGAAGAAUAGCAUUUGCUUUCUUCAGGCUGUGAUUGACUGAUAUCCUUCUCUUGUCAUAUAAUUUCUUUUAAAUGGGCCCUUUAUGUGUAGUUGCUAUUCAUUAGGCCACAAGCACACUAAAUUUACUGUGAAUAAUGGGGAAUGAGAAUGAUUAAAUUUGUCCCCAAGCCUUAAUUGAGAGAGUAGCCAGACUUUAUAUUUAUACUAGUUUGUAAGCCACUUUCUGGAAAUAUUUUAACUCCUGUUUUCUACUGUGCAAAUUUGUUAGUAAUAUAAGAAGUAUAUACAUAUGUAGCCACAGGGGUUAUAUGGGGCAUGAAGAACGUAACCUUCCCUCUUCUCUGUCUUUCUAAAACAUCUAUAUAAGUUAGAGGAAAUGUAGUAAUUGUAUAUGGUUGUCCUAUUUUAGGUAGAAGGAACUUUGCGUUGGAGGAUCCUGUUAGAAAGAAAACUCUAUUAUCAGAGAUUUGGGAAUGUUGUGAAAUGAAAGUACUUCAAGAGAGUAUCCUGGUUUUAUAUGUAUUUUUAAGAGUACAUUGGCAAAAGGACAAAAUUAAUAAGACGUGUGUGUAUCAUCCACUGCUCUAGAAAACCACAGGAGGACAUUGAAAAAGAUAUUAACCCUUUUUUAUUUUCAUGAAUCUUUCAUUAGGAAAUGGAAUGCGUGUGUGACUGCAAUGUAGUGAGGAUGUUUUAAAUUCUAAACACGCAUAGCAAGUUAAAGCCAUUUCAAAGUUAAAUUUGACAUAUCCAAUGCAGCGUUGUCAUCUCAUGCCAAGGUAGGCUGAGGUGUUACCAGUACAACCCGUCAGAAUCCUGGGAAGCAAAUUAAAAACUUGUAACAAGCAGUCCCUUGAGAAGUGUGAAGAUCUUCACAAAGUUGAUCCAGAGUGAAAUUUUUACCAUUUCCAUGACUGUCUGUGAACAGGGCAAAGUGUUGUUAGGGCAGAAAUUAUGUAUUUAGAAACUUCACACACAAACACACCUCCGACAGGCUUCACAAUUUAUGGAGGUCUGCUCAUUAAAAUAGUGUUAUAGGAGACAAGACACGAAUUCUGUACUGGGUUCUGCCAGUGGCCUGCUGCUUGACAUUGGCAAUUCUCUGAGCCUUAGUUUCCCCGUGUGCAAAAAAAGGGUGAUAAUAUUUAACAUACCUACCUCACAAGGGUGUUGUGAGGUUUAUUUAAUGUCUAAAGGCAUUUUGACAUUGUUGGAUGAAAACUGCUAAUUACAAUACAAUAUUAAGUUAAACAUUUUGAAACUAGUUUUGCCCAGUUAGCAGUACCAUAACUGCAAACAUACUGAAAACAAAAAAAAAUUACUGAAAUUUAACACUAAUCACAGAUUUUGACUGCCUCGGUCAAGUGGGAUAUUUAGUAUUUCCAAGUGCAUUUUUCAUUGAAGGCUGAAAAAUAUAUUUAGGGACUGAUUUUUCUAAACAAAGCUUCUUAAUUUGCCCAUGAAAUAAGAAAAAUUGUGCAUGCCAGGUUAGAGGUCAGUUUUUAAAAUUUGGCCUCCGUAUUAAUUUUGAUCUAUUGUUUGAAGUGUGAGCAAUAUAAAGGGAAAGAUUGCAAGAUGGCCACCCAAUACACUAGCUAUAAUUUUUUCCCUUGAGCACUUAAUGGUACAGUAGCAGCAAUUUCUUUGACACAGCCUACAGCGACAGGAAAAGCUAGGAAACCGCACCACAAAAAGCUAAGAGAAAAGCUGUUUUCUCCAUAAAACUAUUACCCUGCCCCUCAGUUUCAAAAUAAUUUCAAAUUUGUGGCAACCACUAAAAGAGGGAACACUGUUGGUGAACAUCCAUUUGUAGCUGUCAUCACAGGCUGUAAUUUAAAAAGCUGCAGGUUCUUAACAUAGAUCAACUGAAGGACAUUACUACACAAAAGCGCUGCUUUUUUUACAUUAGCUCCAUUUUAAAUAUUAUUUGUCCACAUUCAAUAUUGCUUUAUGUUUUUUGUUUACAGAUUUCUAGGGUAUGUUUUAAACUAAGGUUCCCAAAUAUACAUCUUAUGUGGCUUUCAUACAACUAUCAUUUGCAUAUGUAUAGAAUAACCAUUUUUUACAACAUACUUACUGGAAGUUAAACACUCAUGUCAUCAUAUUAUCCUACAUGUUAGACAUGUCAACACAUUAA